GGGAAGGAGGGAAAGAAAAGAAAUUUUAAAAGGAUGGGGGGAAAAAGAAGGAGAGAGGGAGGGGUAACAUGUCAAGUUGUAACAUUCUAUGGAAAUGUGUGUUAUCAGAUCUCUGCUUUGUCUUUUGCAGUGAAUUGCCUGAACGGAGGGUACUGGUCAGGUGCGAUGUGCGUCUGCCCCAAUGGCUUCUCGGGGGAUCGCUGUCAGAACAGAGUCCCCGUGGUCGACUGCCAGAACGGAGGCACGUGGGAUGGGCUCAAAUGUCAGUGUACCGGCCUCUUCUAUGGCCCAAGGUGUGAGGAAGUGAUGGAGAGUGUAGAGAUAAAGCCGACGGUCUCUGCAUCCGUGGAAGUGAGCGUGACAGUAACUAAUCAAGAAUAUAGUAAUGAGCUACAGGACCAAAACUCCACAGAAUUCCGUAAAUUCAAUGAGACAUUCACAAAGCAGAUGGCAAUAAUUUAUGCUGGUAUCCCGGAGUAUGAAGGAGUUAUCAUCAAAAAUCUGAGCAAAGGCAGUAUCGUGGUGGAUUAUGAUGUCAUCCUGAAGGCCCAGUACACCCCAGGAUUCGACAGCACCUUAGAUAACAUCGUCAGUAACCUGGAGACAAAAAUCAAGAAUGCGACAACAAUUCAAGUACAAGAUGCCAAUAAUACCUGUUCAGCCUUACUGUGUUUCAACUCGACUGCCACCCGGGUGGAAACCAAUGUUACAGUAGUCAGUGACAAUCUUGAGGAGAUGUGCAAGAAGGAGGCUGGAGAGGACUUUGCAAAGUAUGUCACCCUGGGGCUCAAGGACAAUAGGUGGUACUGUGUCACGCCUUGUUCAUCAGGCUACAGUACCUCCAAGAACUGCAGCUAUGGCAAAUGUCAGUUGCAGCGAAGUGGACCCCGGUGCCUCUGCUUGUCCACGGAUACUCACUGGUACAGCGGGGAAAACUGCGACUGGGGCAUCCAGAAAAGUCUGGUGUAUGGGCUCGUGGGAGCCGGGGUGGCAGUGCUGUUGGUGAUUCUCGUGAUCCUUGCUGUGUUCUCCAUCCACUACAGAAGAGAUGCACAAAGGCAAAAGUCCAGAGUGUCUGAGAUGUACAGGUGGGGUGAAGAGGAAGGCAGAGCAUCUCCCGGAACCUUCCACAACAUUGGCUUUGAGCACAACGAAGAACAAGAAAACGAUAUUUCCUUGGACUCUGUGUACAGCAACUUCCAGCCCUCCCUAAGCCACAUAAACCCUGAAGGAAAGAUCCAGAUUCAGAGACCCCAGGUGGUCAUGACAUCGUUGUAAAUACUAACACAAAAACGGUUUUGCAUGGAUCUGUGGAGCUGAAGACCGAGAAGUGUGUUUGACCAAGCAUGGCGGAACACACCCUACGUUGAGAUUUCCCCAUGGAGACUUAUUGGGAAAUAGACCCUGCAGUUAGCAAGAAUGGAUAUGAGAGAGACGAUGCUGGAAGCUCAGACAGUAUGGAAACUGCAGUGGCCACGUUAUGACGGCAAGCGAUCCCUACCGGAACCUCAUCCCCAGAGAUGCUCUCCUUCCCGUGGGCCCACAUUCAGCACCAAGGACAGUGCCUACCUGCUGCCAUUGCCAUUGGUAUAACAUUAGAUUGCAUUUUACAAAACACACUUCUAAGAAAGCUUACCUCCCAUCUCCAUGACAAGCACUGUUUUUUAACACAGACUAUCCAUCUUUGCAAGGUCAUACUUAGUUUUAAGUUUCUCUUUAACAUAUUAAAGCUUUUAUUUUGUUGAAUUCUAGUUUACCUUAUGUAAAUAAAAGUAUAUGCUUAUUUUCUAA